AUGUCCUUUAAGCUUCUUGUCGCCGCUCUGCCUGCUCUGGCAAUUGCCUGCACCGGACCCCCGGUCAAUGCGAAUGGCCUGAAUUUGAUCAAGAGCUUCGAAUCCUUCGAACCAAGCGUCUAUGACGACGGUUUCGGCAACCCUACGAUCGGCUACGGCCAUCUCUGCGGCGACGCUUCAUGCUCCGAAGUAGCAAACCAGCCUUUAACUGAAGAGUCUGCGAGCCAGCUUCUGGCUAGUGAUCUGGUGAGCUACCAAGAUGGACUCACCAAUGCCUUGGCAGAUCCCGUCACCCUCAAUGACAAUCAGUAUGCCGCGUUGGUCUCCUGGACCUACAAUGUUGGCAACGGAAAUAUGGGUAGCUCGGAUCUUGUCUCGCGUAUGAACGCCGGUGAAGAUGUCGUUACUGUGGCUCAUGAUGAGCUUCCCCAGUGGAACAAGGCUAAUGGCGAGGUCGUUGAUGGGUUGACUCGUCGCCGUGGCGAGGAACUGAACCUCUUCGAUGCCCCUGCGGAGUUUGGUGCCUUGCCAGUUGCUUGUUAG